AACAUUCAUGGAGAAAUACUCGUUCUUCUCCCUUCAAUCCGACACUAUCGGGAUUACUCGUUCUCCCUCACGUUCCCAUCACCAUCCCUCAUUUCCAAUCCCAUGAAUUAACUCCAUUCUACGUUUCACGCAUUCAGCAAGAUCACUAGAGAAAGGGGGAGAUGAAAAAGGAAGUGGUAGUGGUAGGGGUGGUGGCGACACUAGCAACGGUGACGGCAACGGUGGUACUGGUAAGAAGAUGGAGAAGGAGUAGUGAGAGUCGUUGGAGACGAACACAACGUAUUCUUCGAACAUUGGCUUCGCAAUGUGCAACUCCAUUAUCAAAGUUGGAGCAAAUUGCCGAGGAAUUGGUGGUUGAUAUGAAAUCUGGUCUUUCUUAUUCUGAUGGAAGAAGUAAACUCCCUAUGAUCAUUUCUUACGUUGAUUCUCUUCCCACCGGCUACGAAGGUGGAAUAUACUAUGGACUGAAUUUGAGUGGAACUGAAUUUCGAGCAUCCCGAAUUCAACUAGGAGGAAAAACAGCUCGUAUUGUUAACCAAGAAUCAAUAACCAUUCCAAUUCCACCACACUUAUCUGUUCAGUCUUUGCACCAGGAAGUCUUUGAUUACAUUGCUAUGGAAGUUGGCAAAUUCUUCUCCACGUCGAAUGAAAAUUUCCCUGCUCUAACACAAGGACAGAAUAAGAAACUUGGAUUCACUUAUUCGUUUCCUGUGGAUGAAGACACAACAUCACUGGAAUCUGGAAUUAAGUGGAAGAAGUUCUCCAUCAAUGAUCCAGAGGGAAAAGCAAUGGUGGACGAUAUGAACAAAGCCCUGGAAACACAUGGUGUAAACAUGCAAGUUUCCGCAAUGGUGGAUGAGACGGUUGGUAACUUGGUCGGUGAUAGAUGCUACAACACUGAGGUUGUAGCUGCUGUCACCCUAGCUAUGGGGACUAAUGCUGCAUAUAUAGAGCAGAAAAGUGCAGUUUCCAAAUGGAAUGAUCCAUCAACAACGUCGGCAGAAAUGGUUAUCGAUGUGGAAUGGGGAAGUUUCAAUUCUUCUAAUCUUUCGUUAACAAAAGAAUUUGAUGUAUGUUUAGACGCUAAAAGUUCGAAUCCUGGUGAACAGAUUUUUGAGAAGCUUAUCUCAGGAAUGUAUUUGGGAGAAAUAGUUAGACUGGUGUUGUUGAAAAUGGCCAAAGAAACUGCUCUUUUUGGUGACACUGUCCCUCCUAAGCUAAGCAAUCCUUAUGUGUUAAGGUCUCCUGAUAUGGCUGCCAUGCAUCAAGAUACAUCAGAGGGCCGUGAAGUCGUCGGCGAAAAAUUGAAGGAAAUUUUUGAGAUAACGGUUUCCACUCCAAUGGUAAGAGAGGUUGUAGCGGACGUUUGUGACAUAGUGGUAGAGCGUGCAGCCCGUUUAGCUGGAGCUGGGAUAGUGAGUAUUUUGAAAAAACUCGGUCGAACUGAUGCAACUCAAAAAAGUGUAGUGACAGUAGAAGGUGGCUUAUAUCAACACUAUCGACUCUUCCGAAAUUAUUUACAUAGCUGUGUUUGGGAAAUGCUGGGAAGCUCUGAAAAUGUUGUUAUUGAGAAUUCUAAUGGCGGUUCUGGAAUUGGAGCUGUUUUUCUUGCUGUUUCAAACUCAAAACCAAUACAAGAGAGUACCCCUCCUAGCUCAUAGGUACUGUUCAUUUUGCGAACCAUGAGUUUUUCUUUGAAGAAGUGAGACAUUAUUUUUUUCCUUCUUAAUUGCUACACAUUUUUCUCUUUUCAUUUUCUCUUGUAUCGUUUUUGCUCAAUUCUUAUUUGGGGUGACAAAUGACAAUAUGACUAUCAUUAAACUUACAAGUUUACAAGAACUAAUUAGUUGAACUGUA